CAUAACUCUGCAACUUCAGAUUUUAAUCUACCCCAGCGCACCAAAUAUCCGAUUAUAGUGCUAUGUUUCUCAUAUUAUUGACUCUUUUUACAUUCUCUUUUCAGAACGAUGACAAAUCCUCUAAGGCAAAGUCAUUAGAAGACAUGCUCGGUUGUGAUAACACUUUUAAUGAACUGGUUGGUGAUUACAUGAAGGAUGUCAAGGCAAAAGUAUCAGAUUCUAAGGCAGAGGUAGAUUAUCUAAAGAUCAGAAUGAUUACUGAUCAUAUAUUGGUUAAGUCAAAUAAUGAUCCCGCCUUUAAGGCAUGGAUAUGCGUUCAAUUGGAUGUUAUUUCUUGCAUGAUUAAGAAGACUUAUAAUUUUACAAAAAAUUGCGAAAUUUUCUUCGCGCUUUUACAACUGACUAACCAUAUGCAAAAAGGGGUCCGUAGGGCUUUUAUUCGAUCGGUAGUGUGUUUUGAGAAAUGUUCGGAGAAAAUGGAUGAAACACAAACUCAAUUAUUUGAUCAAUUGCUGCUCAUAUCAGAACAAACGGACUUUGACAAAAACAUUACACAGGAAGAAGAAAUGGUACAAAUAUAUCACAGAGUAUUUUCAGCAAAUAGCACAGAAACGUUGGCUCAAGAUAAUUAAAU